GGAAUGCGGAUUAGAAAGAGGAACAAGAUACCAUGACUACAUUUAAGCGCGAAGACCUGCGCCGCGUGAGCUUCAGCAACCUCGACGAACACUGUGACGAGGACAUCAUCUACGAGCUGUGUCUGCAAUUCGGACCUAUCCGCAACAUUAGCUGGCCCACUGAAGUCAACCUCACAGGCGUGCCACAACGUGCCUCUCGCUGCUACGUCGACUACUACAACGCAGAGGACGCUAAAUACUGCUAUGAAGCACUCUACCGUGCACGUGUGAAGCUGUACAACAAAGAGCUGCGUGUUUAUCACGCGAGUGUCGACGUCGAGGCGCCGGGCGGUGCCCCCCGCAGCGGCCCAGGCGCGCACGCAGUUGUGGGCCUGCACGAGGUUGGCGCGAAGGUAGUCGUGCGCAACGUCGAUUACCGCGUUACAGAGUUUGACGUCACGCGCUUCUUCGAGAGCUUCGGCGCCUUCGCUGCCCCACCGCGCAUGCUGCGCGACUCCGUCGGCAACUUCCGCGGCACCGUCGUGCUGUCGUACAAGACCUUCGAGGCGAGUGAUCGCGUUAUACGCGACAUGGAUCAGAAGACGUUCCGCGACCGCAUUAUUGCGGUGCACUACGCGCAGAUGGAGGACGGCAGCGGGCGGCUGCACGGCACCAAGGAGGAGCGGGCAAAUGCGGUGCUAAUACGCGAGGAGGAACGGCGGUAUCGCGAGACGGUGGCGAAGGAGAUGGCCCACAUACGGCAGGAGAAGCAGCAGAGUCGAGUGCAGGAUGCUUCUUGGGCGGAGAAGGUGAACGUGUAUAACCGCCCUCGCCGGUAA